AUGCUGAACCACCCACCAUUACAUUACAGGUGCUCCAACCAGGCCACCUGGUUCCUUUAUCAGAAACCAUUGCUUCCUGGUAAUGUUGAUGCAUGUGUCUCAUUGCAACACAGCCUCACACCACCUGCUGCUUCUCCCCUUCGCUUCACUUCUCCCAAUGUCAUUAAGCCCUCCGCUGUGCAUGUGUCUGUGCCUUCAAUCCAGUCCCCUGUUUAUACCAAAGCUGUGGUUACUACUGUCCAACGGCCCAUCCACCAGCUCUUUCCAAAGUUUGGGUUCAUAGGAAGGCUUCAUGAUAUCAUUAAUAGGCGGAGCAGAGUACUUGCCUUGGAGCUUCUUAGUGCUGACAUGGAUCCCACAACGGGAUUAGAGAAGGGAAGAAUGAAAGCGUAUGAACAGAAAGUGAAGAGAGAGGACGAUGAGAUAAUUUACGAGAUAAGUUUCGUCAUUCCAGCAGACUUUGGCCCAAUUGGAGCGGUUUUGGUUGAGAAUAUGCAUAAGAAAGAGGUGUUCCUUAAGGACAUUGUGAUCCAUGGCAUUCCAACUGGCCCUCUUCACUUCUCAUGCAAUUCUUGGAUCACUUCUAAAGCUCAAUGCAACGAUAGGAGAAUCUUCUUCACCACUAAGUCAUACUUGCCAUCAAAGACACCAGACGGGCUAAAGAGACUCAGACUAGAAGAGCUUAGGAAUUUGCAAGGCAAUGGGUAUGGAAAGUGCGAGAAGCACCAAAGGAUAUAUGAUUAUGAUGUCUACAAUGACCUAGGAAAUCCAGACAAAGGCGAGGAGUAUAAAAGACCCGUGCUUGGUGGAAAACAACAUCCUUAUCCUCGACGCUGUAGGACUGGACGUGCACGCACUCAAACAGAUCCAUCGUCAGAAGUGAAAAGUCCGGAGUUUUAUGUGCCUCGAGACGAAGCAUUCUCAAUACCAAUGAUACAAGAAAACCCAUUAACAAAGGCACUUCAUUCCAUGUUGUCUGCCCUCCUACCAGCUUUGGACACCAUCGGCACAGACAAACAGUGCUGUCUUUCUAAACACACAUGGAAGUUCAAUUCUUUUCUUCCAACACUCAUGGGUAUCCUACUCUUAGAUUCUUCUCAAACAUCCAAUAAUGACAAAUUCUUUUGGUUUAAAGACGAGGAAUUUUCUAGACAGACACUUGCAGGGCUCAACCCUUACAGCAUAAGGCUCGUCACGGAAUGGCCAUUGAAGAGUAAGCUUGACCCAUCUAUUUAUGGUUCUCCUGAAUCAGCAAUCACUGAUGAAAUAGUUGAGCAACAAAUCAAAGGAUUCAUGACAAUUGAUGAGGCAGUGAAACAGAGGAAGCUAUUUUUACUAGACUAUCACGAUCUGUUCAUACCGUAUGUAGCAAAGGUGCGAGAGCUUAAAGGAAGAACACUAUACGGAUCAAGGACAUUAUUUUUCUUGAACCCGGACAACACUUUAAGGCCACUGGCUAUUGAGCUCAGUAGGCCACCAAUUGACGACAAACCACGGUGGAAAGACGUUUUCACGCCAUGUUGGGAUGCCUAUGGCCUCUGGCUUUGGAGGAUUGCCAAAGCUCAUGCUGCCCAUGACUCUGGUUAUCACCAACUUGUUAGCCACUGGCUUAGAACUCAUUGCUGUGUGGAACCUUACGUUAUUGCUACACAUAGACAACUAAGUGCAAUGCAUCCAAUUUAUAGACUUUUGCAUCCCCAUUUUCGACACACCAUGGCGAUCAAUGCAGUUGCUCGCGAAACUCUUAUCAAUGUGGAAGGGCUGAUUGAGACCAUUUUCUCACCAGGAAAAUAUUCUAUGGAAAUCAGUUCCGUGGUCUAUGAGAAACAAUGGCAAUUCAACUUAGAAGCUUUACCUGCCGACUUAAUUCACAGGGGAUUGGCUGUUGAAGAUCCAAAUGCACCUCACGGAUUAAAGUUGAGUAUUGAAGACUACCCUUUUGCCAAUGAUGGCCUAAUCCUUUGGGAUGCCAUCAAACAAUGGGUAACAGAAUAUGUGAAUCACUACUAUCCAGACCCAAGUCCUGUCAAUUCAGAUGGAGAACUUCAAGCCUGGUGGACAGAGAUUAGAGAAGUGGGCCAUGGAGAUAAGAAGGACGAACCAUGGUGGCCAAUCCUCAACACUCCUAAAGACCUCAUUCAUAUUGUCACAACCAUCAUAUGGGUUACUUCCGGCCACCACGCCGCAGUCAACUUCGGACAAUAUCCUUUUACGAGUUAUUACCCAAUUCGACCCAGUCUUACUCGACUCAACAUACCCACAGAGGAACCUAACUCAACACUCUGGAAGUACUUCCUUGAAAAUCCAGAAAACGUGUUUCUAGACACGUUUCCUACACAGAUUCAAGCAAACAUACUUCUGUUCACUCUGAAUAUAUUGUCAAGUCAUUCAAGAGAUGAGGAGUAUUUGGGAGCGGACAUGGAACCAGCAUGGGGUGAUGAGCCUGUUAUAAAGGAAGCAUUUGAGAAGUUUAGCAGGAAACUGAAAAAAUUGGAAGAGAUCAUUGAUGAAAGGAAUGGGAAUCCCACAUUGAAAAACAGACAUGGUGCUGGGGUGGGGCCUUAUCAAAUUUUGAAGCCAUAUUCAGAGCCCGGUGUGACGGCAAGAGGGGUUCCUUGUAGUGUUUCCAUUUAAAAGCUAAUCCAACCAAAAGG